AUGCAUCUCAGCAGCCUGCUCGCCGUGGCAGCCACCGCGCUCGCCCUGCCAACAGCCGCCUUCCCAUCCCAACCUCUCCUAUCCAGGGCUGACGGCUACUGCAACACAUCCAAAAACGUCCAGGGCCGCGCCAACGGCCUCGUCGCCAAGUACCCGGCCAUCAGCGGCGGCGGCAGCUGCAUUCUCAAGGACUCGGCUACGGGCAACGGCGUCUCGACGCUUCAGACCGCGCUGAACCGCUGCUAUGCGGCCGGGCUGGACGUCGACGGCGACUUUGGCCCCAAGACGACCGCUGCGGUGAAGAAGGCGCAGCGGGCGGAGGGGGGUUUGGAUGUUGAUGGGAUUUGGGGGCCUAAAACUGGCGCGAAAAUGAACUGGUGGGGAUCGAAGAGGGCGGCAGGCGGCACCGAGACGAUCUGGAGCUAUCCCACCCCGAGCUGCGCCCCGCACGUCUCCCUCAAGGUCAAUGACCUCUUCUCGGUCGAUGGAAAAGUCGUCGUCGUCACCGGUGGAGGGACAGGCCUCGGGCGGUCGAUCGCCGAGGGCUUUGCCGUCAACGGCGCCCGCGUCUACAUUGUCGGCCGACGGCUCGACGUCUUGGAAGCUGCGGCGCGUGAAAUCCAGGGUAAUGUCCGCGUCAUACAGGGCGAUGUGGGCACCAAGGCUGGCUGUCAAAAGAUUGCCGAUGCGGUUGGGGAGACGGCGGAUCAUAUUGAUACUCUCGUCAACUGUGCCGGUAUCUUGCGGCCGUGGAAAACAAAGCCCAAGGACCACAACAAUCCCGAUGAUGUUGAGGAUCUUCUCCUCAAUGGUGUUGACGAGUGUCAAAUUAUAGGGGAAAUGUUUUGUGUGACGAACCGCGACCACAUAUUCAGCCAGCUAAUAGCAAUCAUACUCCCAGUCAAUGUCAACGGCGUCUACUUCAUGACUGCGUUCUGCGUUCCUCUCCUCCGGAAGGCAGCUGACCCCAACGUCGUCAUCAUCUCGUCCAUCUCAGGCCUGUCCAUUCAAAGGGUGCUCGGUCUCCCAACUUAUAGCAUUUCAAAGGCGGCUGCGAUACAGACCGGCAAACUGCUCGCCGGUCGCCUCCACCCGAUGAAAAUCCGCGUCAACACCAUCUGCCCGGGCGUGUUCCCAUCGGAAAUGACGGGCCAGCCCUCGGGCGAAGACAAGCACGGAUGGGGGCUGGGUGACGUGGCGGCCAAAGCAGCGAUGCGCUCAACUGCAGGACGACCAGGCAGGCCCGAGGAGAUUGUAGGUCCGGUGCUUAUGCUGUCCAGCGCGGCGGGGGGCUUCACCAACUGCGCGCUGCUGACGGUGGAUGGCGGGCGACUGAUGGGCGCCUCGAUCCACGAUGGGUUGAAAUUGCCCGAUGAAACGUAUGCCUAA